AUGAUGCAAAUGUUGGCAAAUUGCACGCUCUCGGAGGAUACCGUAGCCGAGCCGAGUCAUGCCAAGCCAAGACAAACCAAGCAAAGAAAAUCCAAUCCAAUCCAAGCCAAGCCAAGCCAAGCCAACCCAAGCCGGGUCAAGUCAAGCCAAGCUAAGCCAAGCCAAGCCAAACCAAGCAAAGCAAAGUCAAACCAAGCCAAGCCAAGCCAAGUUAAGCCAAGCCAAACCAAGCCAAGCCGAGCCAAACUGAGCCAAGCCAAGCCGAGCCAAGCCAAGCCGAGCCAAGCCAAGCCGAGUCAAGCCGAGCCAAGCCAAGCUGACCCAAGCCAAGCCAAGCCGAGCCAAGCCGAGCCGAGCGGAGCCAAGUCAAGCCAAGCCAAGCCGAGCCAAGUUAAGCUAAGCCAAGUCAAGCCAAGCCAUGCCAAGCCAAUUUAA